UGUCGUGAGGAUCGCACGUCGUUUCGCUUAAAAAAAAUUUCGAUCUCGUGCUUUGUUUCACAGAAAAGAAAUAUGUUAUAACUUUUGAAUUUCUCAAUUGAAACCCUCGUCCGUUUUAGUACUAAUUAUAUUGAUUAUUGAUUUAUUUUAUUGUUUGUGGUGAAUAAACAGAUCACAUUGUGGAGAAUUGUAUUCAGUUUUGUGCCAGUGUUCCUAUAUUUUCAUGGAUGUUUUGAACGCUUCAGGAUAUUGUCAUUUUUAAAGGUACGCGACAUGUAAACUUCAUUGCGAAUUGAAGGCGUUUGGCGCGGCGUGAACGGCGGGCCGCGCCAUGGGUAACAAGUGUUGCAGCCGCCGACAUGACGCCGAGAGACCUCCUGUGUACCCUCACAAGAACGAGCCCGGUUUCACAACGUGCCCCGUGUCUUUUGACACGCGGUACACUGGCGAGCCAAACACCAGGCAACCGUCGCGACCUCCUGUUGACGUCGUAAGAACGACAACAAAAUGCAUAUCAAACGGCGGUCGUCGAGUCGUAAAAGCCCUGUGCGAGUAUACGGCUCGAGCGGACUCCGACAUCUCGUUUCACAAGGGCGACCGCAUGGAAGUCCUCAACAGUUCGGAGCCGGAUUGGUGGAUGGUGUUCCAUCUGACCACGAGGAGGGAAGGCCUGGUUCCAGUCAAUUACGUCGCCGAAGAGAGUUCAGUGGAAUGUGAAGAGCAGUCAUGUUGCAGCUGGUUCUUUCCUCACGUGUCGAGGAAGGAGGCCGACAAACUCCUCCUAGCCGAGAGCAACCCCCGGGGUACUUUCCUCGUCCGACCGGCGGAGCACAACCCUCACGGCUUCAGCUUAAGCGUCAAAGAUUGGGAAGACGGAAGGGGCUACCACGUGAAACAUUAUAAAAUAAAGCCGCUCGACAAAGGCGGCUUUUAUAUCGCCACAAACCAAACUUUCCCGAGCUUACCCGCGCUCGUCAUGUCGUAUACGAAAAAUGCAUUAGGGCUGUGUCACGUCCUGGCCCGGCCUUGCCCGAAGCCCGAGCCGCAGAUCUGGGACCUCGGGCCCGAACUGCGGGACAAGUGGGAGAUACCCAGGAUGGAAAUACAACUCAUUAGGAAACUCGGUCAAGGAAACUUCGGCGAAGUCUAUUACGGGAAAUGGAGGAAUAAUAUUGAGGUUGCCGUGAAGACUCUCCGCGAGGGCACAAUGUCGACUCAGGCCUUCCUGCAAGAGGCGGCGAUCAUGAAGAAGUUCCGGCACAACAAGCUGGUCGCCCUGUACGCCGUCUGCUCGCAGCAGGAGCCGGUCUACAUCGUCCAGGAGUACAUGAGCCGCGGCUCCUUACUGGAGUUCUUGAGGAACGGCGAAGGGAAGUUCCUCCAGUUCGAGGACCUAGUUUACAUAGCGGCCCAGGUCGCCUCCGGUAUGGAGUAUCUCGAAUCGAAAAUGCUGAUUCACAGAGACCUGGCCGCUCGGAAUGUGCUCAUCGGGGAGAACAAUACCGCCAAAAUAUGCGACUUCGGUCUCGCCAGGGUGAUAGAAGACAACGAAUACUGCCCCAAGCAAGGCUCUAGGUUCCCAGUCAAAUGGACCGCCCCCGAAGCUAUAAUAUACGGGAAGUUCUCCAUCAAAAGCGACGUAUGGUCGUAUGGCAUUCUCUUAAUGGAGCUUUUCACAUACGGGAAGAUUCCGUACCCGGGACUGCACGGAAAGGACGUCAUCGACAAAAUCGAGAUCGGCUACCGGAUGCCGAAGCCGAUAGACGUGUACCUGCCGGACGCCAUAUACGGGCUGAUGCUGCAGUGCUGGGACGCGGUGCCUGAGAAGCGGCCCACCUUCGAGUUCCUCAAUCAUUACUUCGAAUCGUUUACGGUGACCAGCGAGAUGCCGUACAAGGAGGUACACGAUUGAUGCUGUGAUAUAGUGACGUAUAGGACGUUCGUUCUCUGACAUUACGAGGGUAGGUGUGUAUCGAUUUAAAUACGCGUUAGUACGAUCAAUAUCGAUACGCUAAUCGAUUAAGCGAAUGCUUCUUACAAUGAUUUUAAUAGCGGUGGUAGGACGUGACGUAACGAGCUAUAAUAGUAUAACGAUUAAUAAAAUGCGAUUGAGACUUUGGCCUCACUUCUCAAAGUGGUUGGCGGCGUUCACAGCGCACUCUCGGUAAGCCGUCAUGUACCCACAUCGACGCCUAAAACGAUAAUUUAGUUCAUUGAUGUUCGUUGUUGUAAUAAAUAAUGCUGCUGUUUUAUAAAUCGAUUGAAUAGUGUUGCGAUUCGCACUCGACGCAUCAUCGACUAGAGAGACGUUUAGUAAUUUUUAUACUCUGAUGCAAUAUUUAUAUAACAAUACAGGUAUGUGUGAGCUUGGCCGGUGGCUUUCACUCCCAUUAAUGGGUUCGUUGAGAAAUUUGAUAAGAUAUUUAGCCUAAGCCGAAUCGACUCGCAUCGUUUUGUACCAAAACACAUUUACAAUAAUAUAUUAUAAUUUAUAUUCCCUGAAAACAUUAUAAAACUGUAAAUUGACGUGAAUUAUUUUACAAAAACGAAUCUAAGCGAACUUUAAACUUCUCAAGCACAGCCCUAUUAAAAACACCAUUUUGGAAUUUUUAUAAAUCUUAAAAACUAUCGACAUCACCAUGAGAUUUUUAUUAACCCUUAAAUUCACUUUUUUUUAUUUAUUGUUAAUUAUUUUUAUGUUGUAAAAUAUUUGUAGAUUUAGAUUAGAGAAACGAUGAAAAUUGAAUUGAUGUUUGAAAAUUCUAAAAAAAAGUACAUAAUUGAGUCGACUAUUAUCAAAGCCGGCAAUGUGACUUUUGGACAAUUAUUGUUAAAUCAGAAAAACGAAUUAUUGAC